AUGGCAAUGGUAGUGGGUGCGUGGCGAGACCCUCAGGACGAUGUGCCACAGACCCCGGGGCAAGGAGUGCCCUCUACCACCCCUGCCCAGUCGAACCCGACCAGCCAGUCCGCACAGAACCAAGGGGAAAAGCAGCAGCAGCAGCAGCAGCACAUAGAGUGCGUGGUGUGCGGGGACAAGUCUAGCGGCAAGCACUAUGGCCAGUUCACUUGUGAAGGUUGCAAGAGCUUCUUCAAGCGAAGUGUCAGGAGGAACCUGUCUUACACUUGUCGUGCCAACAGGAACUGCCCUAUAGACCAACACCACCGCAAUCAGUGUCAGUACUGCCGGCUCAAAAAAUGCCUCAAAGUUGGCAUGAGACGGGAAGCCGUACAGAGGGGCAGAAUGCCACCUACACAGCCUACCCAUGGCCAGUUCGCCUUGACAAAUGGGGACCCUCUCAACUGCCAUUCCUACCUAUCCGGAUAUAUAUCUCUUCUCCUGAGAGCAGAACCCUACCCGACCUCUAGAUUUGGCAGCCAAUGCAUGCAACCCAACAACAUUAUGGGCAUCGAGAACAUUUGUGAACUGGCAGCCAGGAUGCUCUUCAGUGCCGUGGAAUGGGCACGGAAUAUUCCCUUCUUCCCAGACCUGCAGAUCACAGACCAAGUGGCACUGCUCAGGCUGACCUGGAGUGAGUUAUUUGUCCUGAACGCUGCCCAGUGCUCCAUGCCACUCCAUGUUGCCCCUCUCCUGGCCGCUGCUGGUCUCCACGCUUCCCCCAUGUCUGCGGACAGAGUGGUGGCCUUUAUGGACCACAUACGAAUCUUCCAAGAGCAAGUGGAGAAGCUCAAAGCAUUACAUGUGGACUCGGCUGAAUAUAGUUGUUUAAAAGCUAUAGUUCUCUUCACUUCAGAUGCCUGUGGUCUGUCUGAUGUGGCUCAUGUGGAAAGUUUGCAGGAGAAAUCGCAAUGUGCAUUGGAAGAGUAUGUUAGAAGCCAAUAUCCCAACCAACCAACCAGAUUUGGCAAACUCUUACUCCGUCUACCUUCUCUCCGCACUGUGUCCUCUUCUGUCAUAGAGCAAUUGUUUUUCGUCCGUUUUGGUAGGUAAAACCCCUAUAGAAACCCUCAUUAGAGAUAUGUUACUCUCUGGAAGCAGUUUCAAUUGGCCCUAUAUGUCCAUACAAUAA